AUGGCGGUUCUUCUGAAACGAUACCGCGCAGGACCCAAGCUCGCCCCCCGCCAGUCCUUGGAGACAGAUAGGAGAGAGGAACAAGAGGCAGAAGAGAGAGAUGCACAGGAGGGUGGGCAGCGAAAAGAAGAAGAAGAAGAAGAAAGACAAAAGCCAGAGGGGCGGGCCGGAUGGAACCAGGGUAUGCAAGUAAGUCUUGCUCGGUAG